CUCAUCUCCCCCUCGCCACUUUCAUCAUUUUCCCGCAUUUUUUUUCCCCACUUUCCUCCUCUCUCAUUGACUCGUCCUCACUUUUACUUCAACUUGGGCCUGCGGGCAAUUCCCACUCCUCCUCGUAGCGCGUAAAAACCCCAAGGGGUUCAUUUUCACGCGGGUUGGGCGAGUAAUAUGAGCUGCCACUCAAGGGCUACCCUGCAUUACCGGCUGAGUAAUUAUAGGAACUAAUACGCAGUCUGAGUUCAGCGGAGUAUGUGCUUAGGACUGGGGCUUCGAGGAACGCUUGCAAGCUCGAAUUGUCGUGGCAGAGGGUGAGGGAAUGUACUGCACAUGAUAAACAGAAAGACCGGAUAACACACGCGGACUAAAGGGUGAGACGAUCAAUUCCAAAUCCCUUUGCAAAGUGAUAUAAUUUAAUUUAUUCUUCAAUUUCCACUUCUCCCCCUUCCAUCCCCGUAAUAAUUCCCCAAAAAUAAUUCCUUAUCGCGGAUCUCGUGAAUGGCUCCAUUUUUCUAUAAAAUAUAUGUGGAAUGUGUGAGAUUAAUGAACAAUGAAUGAGUGAACUCUUUGUUAUUUUGAAUAUUUGUGCACGUGUGAAAGAAUAUAACUCUAGUGGACGUUAAGAUUUGUUUAGACGUAAGGAUUUUAAUGUAAUUUAUGGAUUUGUUUAAUAUAAGGAAUGGGAGAAAAUGGAGACGCGUGCCUCGAACAUGACAGGUUUACGAUGGUCAUGUUUCGAGUUUUGAGGAUUUUUUGUAGCACAAUGGUGAGUGUUGUCCGGCCAUGUGGGGUCACUCAUGGGACAGACCCUGUAUUGUUUAAGGACUCAGGGAAGAAAAGGCGUAGUAAAAGAAAAGGAUAGAAGACAGUGCAUUUUCGGGUGUGAGCUACGGUAUGAGUUUAGUGUGUUGUUAGUUUAAGUUGUGACCUGACCGCGGACGCGUGAGGAUAUUCGUCUCAUCCUCCUAAGAUUAUUUUUAUUGUGUUUGACUUUAUAUAAUUCUGUAACCCUUUUAUAAAAUAAAUUAAUCACUUAUCCUUUAAUUUGAUAGUGAUCCUACAAAUUGGGGGCUCGUCCGGGAUCAUUUCAAGGGAUUUGUGAUUUGUUUUAAAGAGGGUUCAGCGAAGUUGAAGAGUGACAGAUUGUCCCUGUGGAGUUGUCAUCAAGGUGCAGUGAUACACAAUCGGCAGACGGCCACACGUUGUGAAUUUUUGUGUAGCGCAAUUACGGUGAAAAUGGCAGAUCCCGCAGUGUUGGACAAUUUCGACAAUUUGACGGUUGAGGAGUUGAGGUGCAAACUCCAAGUGCUGGGCUUAUCAACCAAGGGUGCAAAAGCUGUUUUGUUGGAGCGGUUGAGACGAGUUGGGUCACAACGGGAUGUUCCCCAGGACGACGACGUUGAAGAAGAGGACGAGUAUGAAGACGACCUAGAAUCCUUGAGUGUGGGCGAACUCAAAUCUAGAUUACGUGAACUUCAAUUAAGGGUGACUGGAAAGAAAGCUGCGCUGAUCGAACGAAUACGGUCAGCAGGGUCGACAGACAAAAUCAUGGAAGGUGAAACCUCACGGACGAAAGAAGGGGACGUUUUGGAUCAACUCAGGACGAAAGAGUUGAAAUCCCGUCUCCAAGGGCUUGGGCUGGAAACCACGGGCAAAAAGGCGGAUUUGCUCGCAAGGGUGAAAGGCCCGCUGAUCAAGUCUGUUGAAGCCGAUUCAGACAGCAGUGAUAGUGAUUCGACGAGUGACAGUGACGAUGAAGAUGAGGUGCACAAUGGUGGUCGUCAACGACGAGUGUACCGUCAACGUGGUCCAGUGAUGAACAGUGAUGUGUCCCGUUAUCCACGUUCUAUGCUGACAUUUAAGGAUGUCGAAGAAGCACUCGAGAGGUUUAGCGGCGAUGGAAGUCAGAACAUUUGGCGUUGGUUCUGCACGUUUGAGGAGACCGCGGAAAUGUGUUCCUGGUCUGAGGCACAUAAAGUUAUUUAUAUGAAGAAGCUGUUGGACGGACCUGCAAAAUUAUUUGCAAACUACGAGUGCCAUGCCAAGGAGUGGUGGAAAUUGAAGAAGCGGCUUAUCAAGGAAUUCUCCAACACGGUGAACAGCAAACAGGUGCAUGAGCAGCUUAGUAGCGUGAGGAAGAAGGCUGAUGAGACGUAUGAGGCCUACGUUUAUCGAGUUUUAGAGAUGGCCAGCCACGGUGACAUCGAGUUGGAUGCAAAGCUGCAGUAUAUAAUCGAUGGAAUCCAGGAUGAUGAGACCAAUAAGUUAAUUUUAUAUGGAGCGACGACGGUGAAGGAAUUGCGGAAAAAAAUGAAGCAAUACGAAACCCAAAAGAAAAAUGCCAAAGCCAAAGUGAGUGGCCAGUCAACCCAGAGAAGUGAUAAGACGGACAGGAUGAAAAAGCCGAAUCAGGUACGCGACAGUGGAAAUAAUAAAGCACAUUGCUUUAAUUGUGGCAGUGCGACGCAUUAUAGCGAUAGUUGUCCGGAUAAGGCCAAGGGGCCUCGAUGCUUCAAUUGCAACGAGUUUGGACAUGUGUCUACUCAGUGUCCGAGAGACAAAAAACAUUUUAGGAGUCAAGCAGGUAGAGAGGCAAGGGAAGAGAAGCCCCGCUGUGAUGCACUGAGCGCCGAUGACAAAAAAACGUACAAGGAGGUCAAAAUUUUGGGUAAAGAGGUGACAGCUGUUUUGGAUUCAGGAAGCGACCUACAUCUGGUGCGGUCAAGCUGUUACGUGAGGAUGGGAGCUCCGCAUCUUGACCAGAAGACGAUCCUUUUUGACGGUGUCGGAGCUUUAAAUCGACGUACUCUUGGACGUUUUAAGGCGGACGUUGUGAUAGACGGCCUGAAGUUCAGGUUCGAUUUUGAUGUUGUUCCCGAUAAUUUUCUGGGGCGUGAUAUAUUAAUUGGUGCUGAAUUGUCGGAUUAUGCGGAAGUGCGAGUGAGAUACAGACAAGCUGUUUUGAAGAAGAUUGACUCUGAGGAAGAUUUAGUUAAAACCGAUGACUCUGGACGGAACGAAGAGCUGAAUUUAAGUGUGUGUGAAGACAAUAAUAGUGACAUAGUGGCGAGUUUUUCGAUUCCAAAGACAAUAAAACAGGUGCAAAGUGUUGUGGACUCUUCGAUCAGCUGGAGCACCCAAAAGACGCCGUUCGAAGUGCUGAUCGACGAAAAGAUGAAGCUGGCUGAUGACCAGCAACUAAGACCAUUGGUUGAGGAGGAAUUUUUCAAGUUGCUUGGAGAGAAGCGAACGCCAAUACAACAGGAAGCGAGAGAGAACCUGCCAAAGCUCCAGGAGGAGAACAGGAAGAUCUUCAACCGGAGGAGGAAACCGGCUAAGAGGUAUGCGGUUGGCGAUUUAGUCGCCGUUCGGAGGAGACAGUUUAGAAGGGGCCUUAAGCUGUAUCCUAAGUUUUUCGGCCCAUAUAAAAUUGUGACGGUGAUGAAGGACAAUUGUUACUUGGUGGAGAAGUUUGGAGACCACGAGGGUCCCAACCGCACGAGCGCAGCAGCUGAUUGUAUGAAGCCUUGGGCUAAGACUUUUGGAAAAUAUGACGAGUGGUUCAGUGAUGAUGAGGUUGACUUGGGUGGAGAUAUCCAUCCAGUCUAACCUGGUAUCGAGGCCGAUACCUGUGCAGGAUGGCAGAGUGUGGAAUGUGUGAGAUUAAUGAACAAUGAAUGAGUGAACUCUUUGUUAUUUUGAAUAUUUGUGCACGUGUGAAAGAAUAUAACUCUAGUGGACGUUAAGAUUUGUUUAGACGUAAGGAUUUUAAUGUAAUUUAUGGAUUUGUUUAAUAUAAGGAAUGGGAGAAAAUGGAGACGCGUGCCUCGAACAUGACAGGUUUACGAUGGUCAUGUUUCGAGUUUUGAGGAUUUUUUGUAGCACAAUGGUGAGUGUUGUCCGGCCAUGUGGGGUCACUCAUGGGACAGACCCUGUAUUGUUUAAGGACUCAGGGAAGAAAAGGCGUAGUAAAAGAAAAGGAUAGAAGACAGUGCAUUUUCGGGUGUGAGCUACGGUAUGAGUUUAGUGUGUUGUUAGUUUAAGUUGUGACCUGACCGCGGACGCGUGAGGAUAUUCGUCUCAUCCUCCUAAGAUUAUUUUUAUUGUGUUUGACUUUAUAUAAUUCUGUA